UUUUGUGAUACAUACAAUAUUUCGAAAUAAUUAAGGAAAAAAGAAGCAUAAAGCUAUGUCGAUGUUAACGCGCAUGCGACUUAUAAACGGUGGGGAGAUCUUCCAGGAAAAAGUAUUCCAUAUUUUCAACCAAAGAGGAAUAUCUACUCCAACUUUGAAAAGAGUAAAAAUGGGAAAACUUAGUCAGGGAGAACGAGAAAAGGAUUUAAAACCAUUGUUAUCAAAUGGUUGGUCUAUUCAAGAACACAGAGAUGCUAUCUACAAGGAGUUUUUAUUUAAAAAUUUUAAUGAGGCAUUUGGUUUUAUGACUAAAGUUGCAUUGCAAGCAGAAAAAAUGGAUCAUCAUCCUGAAUGGUUUAAUGUUUAUAAUAAGGUAAACAUUACUUUGUCUUCGCACGAUGUAAAUGGUUUAUCACAAAGGGAUAUCAAGCUGGCAUCUUUUAUAGACAAGGUUGUAGGAGCAAACUAAAACCUAAGCUAUAUUGUACUUUGAAAAUAAUUUCAAUGUUUAAAUAAUAUUUGUAUAAU